UAGAGUUGGUUUAGGCAGUAGGGAGUUUCUGCUGGGGUCUGGAUUGGAGUCACAGAAGACCGGACCCUACCGUGUAUGAUUGGAGUCUAAAGGAAAAAAAAAGAACUUCCCUCGCCUCAAAGAGUCUACAUGUCUAAUAUUUAGACAUGUUCAGCUUUGUGGAUAUUCGGUUGGCGCUGUUGCUCAGCGCAACGGUGCUUUUGGCAAGAGGACAAGGCGAGGAUGAUCGCACAGGUGGCAGCUGCACAUUGGACGGCCAGGUCUACAAUGACAGGGACGUCUGGAAACCAGAGCCAUGCCAAAUCUGCGUGUGCGACAGCGGCACCGUUAUGUGCGACGAGGUUAUCUGCGAGGACACGACCGACUGCCCCAACCCAGUGAUUCCCCACGACGAGUGCUGCCCCGUCUGCCCAGACGACGAGCUCCAGGACCCCGCUGUUGAGGGACCAAGAGGUCCUGCCGGCGAGAAGGGUGACAGGGGUCUUCCUGGCCCUCCUGGCAAUGACGGAAUCCCUGGACAGCCUGGUCUUCCUGGACCCCCAGGCCCCCCUGGACCUCCUGGCCUUGGUGGAAACUUUUCUCCUCAGAUGUCUGGUGGAUUUGAUGAGAAAUCUGGAGGAGCAUUGGCCGUCCCAGGCCCCAUGGGACCUAUGGGCCCCCGUGGACCCCCUGGACCUCCUGGAUCUCCUGGACCCCAAGGAUUUACUGGUCCCCCUGGUGAGCCUGGUGAGGCUGGUGCUCCUGGUGCAAUGGGUCCCCGUGGUCCAGCUGGUCCCCCUGGAAAGAACGGAGAGGAUGGUGAGUCUGGCAAACCCGGUCGCCCUGGUGAGCGCGGACCUCCUGGCGCACAGGGUGCUCGUGGAUUCCCCGGAACCCCUGGACUUCCAGGCAUCAAGGGACACAGAGGAUUCAGCGGUCUAGAUGGAGCUAAGGGAGAUACUGGCCCUGCUGGACCUAAGGGUGAGCCUGGUGCACCUGGCGAGAACGGAACUCCUGGAGCUAUGGGUCCUCGUGGUCUGCCUGGCGAGAGAGGCCGUUCUGGUCCUCCCGGUGCUGCUGGUGCUCGUGGUAACGAUGGUGCCGCUGGUGCUGCUGGUCCUCCUGGCCCAACUGGCCCUGCUGGUCCCCCAGGAUUCCCUGGUGGCCCUGGAGCUAAGGGAGAAGGUGGUCCUCAGGGAGCUCGUGGUGCUGAGGGACCCCAGGGAGCCCGUGGUGAGCCUGGUAACCCUGGACCUGCUGGUGCUGCUGGACCCGCUGGUAACAACGGAGCUGAUGGUGCCCCUGGUGCCAAGGGUGCUCCUGGCGCUUCUGGUAUUGCUGGUGCUCCUGGUUUCCCCGGACCCCGUGGUCCUCCUGGACCUUCUGGAGCUGCUGGUGCCCCUGGCCCUAAGGGUAACACUGGUGAGGUCGGUGCCCCUGGUGCCAAAGGAGAGGCUGGUGCUAAGGGAGAGUCUGGUCCCCAAGGAGUUCAGGGUCCCCCUGGCCCCCCUGGUGAGGAAGGCAAGAGAGGACCUCGUGGUGAGCCCGGUGCUGCCGGUGUCCGCGGACCUGCUGGCGAACGUGGUGCUCCUGGUGCUCGUGGUUUCCCUGGUGCUGAUGGAUCUUCAGGCCCUAAGGGUGCCCCUGGUGAGCGUGGAGGCCCUGGAGUUGUUGGACCUAAGGGUGCCACUGGUGAGCCUGGCCGCAAUGGUGAACCUGGUAUGCCAGGAUCCAAGGGUAUGACUGGUAGCCCUGGCAGCCCUGGACCUGAUGGAAAGACCGGACCUAGUGGUGCUCCUGGACAAGAUGGCCGCCCUGGACCACCUGGCCCCGUUGGAGCCAGAGGACAGCCUGGUGUCAUGGGAUUCCCUGGACCUAAGGGUGCUGCUGGUGAGGCUGGCAAACCCGGUGAGAGAGGUGUGAUAGGUGCUAUUGGUGCCACUGGCGCUCCCGGUAAGGAUGGUGAUGUUGGUGCCCCUGGUGCUCCUGGACCUGCUGGACCUGCUGGUGAGAGAGGUGAACAGGGACCUGCUGGUCCUCCUGGAUUCCAGGGUCUCCCAGGACCUCAGGGUGCUACUGGUGAGCCUGGCAAGUCUGGUGAGCAGGGUGUUCCUGGAGAGGCUGGAGCUCCUGGACCUGCUGGAUCCAGAGGUGACAGAGGAUUCCCUGGUGAGCGUGGUGCCCCUGGCCCAGCUGGCCCUGCUGGUGCCCGUGGGUCUCCUGGUGCAUCUGGUAACGAUGGUGCCAAGGGUGAUGCUGGUGCCCCAGGUACCCCUGGCGCUCAGGGUCCUCCCGGACUUCAAGGAAUGCCCGGCGAGCGUGGUGCUGCUGGUCUGCCAGGUCUUAAGGGUGACAGAGGUGACCAAGGUGCCAAGGGUGCUGAUGGUGCCGCUGGUAAAGAUGGCAUCCGUGGUAUGACCGGACCAAUUGGACCUCCUGGACCUGCUGGAGCUCCUGGUGACAAGGGAGAGACUGGCGCUCCUGGACUUGUUGGACCUAAUGGUGCCCGUGGACCACCUGGUGAGCGUGGAGAGACUGGUCCUCCUGGACCUGCUGGAUUUGCUGGACCUCCUGGUGCUGAUGGUCUGCCUGGUGCUAAGGGAGAGGCUGGAGACAACGGUGCUAAGGGUGAUGCUGGUGCUCCAGGACCUGCAGGAGCAACUGGUGCCCCCGGACCUCAGGGUCCCGUUGGUGCUACUGGACCCAAGGGUGCCCGUGGUGCUGCUGGUCCUCCUGGUGCUACUGGCUUCCCUGGUGCUGCUGGCAGAGUUGGACCUCCUGGCCCUGCUGGAAACGCUGGACCCCCAGGACCUCCUGGAAUCGCUGGUAAGGAAGGCCAGAAAGGUAACCGUGGUGAGACUGGACCUGCUGGGCGCACUGGUGAAAUUGGUGCUGCUGGACCACCUGGUGCCCCUGGUGAGAAAGGAACUCCUGGAGCUGAGGGUCCUCCUGGCCCCUCUGGUAUCCCUGGACCUCAAGGUAUUGCUGGUCAGCGUGGUAUUGUUGGUCUGCCUGGACAAAGAGGCGAGCGUGGUUUCCCUGGUCUCCCCGGCCCAUCUGGAGAGCCUGGCAAACAAGGACCAUCUGGUCCCUCUGGUGAGCGUGGACCUCCUGGACCCAUGGGACCCCCUGGAUUGGCUGGACCUCCUGGUGAGCCUGGUCGUGAGGGUACUCCUGGUAAUGAGGGUUCUGCUGGACGUGAUGGUGCUGCUGGCCCCAAGGGUGACCGUGGUGAGACUGGCGCUUCUGGCACUCCCGGUGCCCCUGGACCUCCUGGUGCUCCUGGACCCGUUGGCCCUGCUGGAAAGACUGGUGAUCGUGGAGAAUCUGGCCCUGCUGGUCCUGCCGGUGCUGCUGGCCCUGCUGGUCCCCGUGGACCCUCUGGACCCGCUGGAGCUCGUGGAGACAAGGGUGAGACCGGUGAGGCUGGUGAGAGAGGCAUGAAGGGACACAGAGGAUUUACCGGAAUGCAGGGACCCCCAGGACCUCCUGGAUCCUCUGGAGAGCCUGGACCUGCUGGAGCUUCUGGACCCGCUGGACCUAGGGGACCUGCCGGAUCUGCUGGACCCGCUGGUAAAGAUGGAAUGAGCGGACUUCCUGGACCCAUUGGACCUCCUGGACCCCGUGGUCGCAGUGGAGAAAUUGGACCAGCUGGACCUCCUGGACCUCCCGGACCCCCUGGACCUCCUGGACCCUCUGGUGGUGGAUUUGACAUCGGCUUCAUUGCCCAGCCACAGGAGAAGGCCCCUGAUCCCUUCCGCUCAUACCGUGCCGACGAUGCCAACGUGAUGCGCGACCGUGACCUCGAGGUUGACACCACCCUCAAGUCCCUGAGCCAACAGAUUGAGAGCAUCAUCAGCCCAGAUGGCACCAAGAAGAACCCUGCACGCACUUGCCGUGACCUGAAGAUGUGCCACCCAGACUGGAAGAGCGGCGAGUACUGGAUUGACCCUGACCAGGGCUGCAACCAGGAUGCCAUCAAGGUCUACUGCAACAUGGAAACUGGCGAGACCUGCGUCUACCCAGCCGAGUCCUCCAUUCCCAAGAAGAACUGGUACACAAGCAAGAACAUCAAGGAGAAGAAGCACGUCUGGUUCGGAGAGGCCAUGACCGAUGGCUUCCAGUUCGAGUAUGGCAGCGAGGGCUCCAAGCCUGAGGAUGUCAACAUUCAGCUCACCUUCCUGCGCCUCAUGUCCACUGAGGCCUCCCAGAACAUCACAUACCACUGCAAGAACAGCAUUGCAUACAUGGACCAGGCUUCUGGCAACCUGAAGAAGGCUCUUCUGCUCCAGGGCUCCAACGAGAUCGAGAUCAGAGCAGAGGGCAACAGCCGCUUCACAUACAGUGUCACUGAGGAUGGUUGCACGUCGCACACCGGUGCAUGGGGCAAGACAGUCAUCGACUACAAAACAACGAAAACAUCCCGUCUGCCUAUUAUUGACAUCGCCCCUAUGGACGUUGGUGCACCUAAUCAGGAAUUUGGCAUUGAAGUUGGCCCAGUCUGCUUCUUGUAAAAAAGAAAUCUGGACUUGAGAUUGUUUGUGUGCGUGUGUGUUUUUUUCUAGCAAUCAUCUCUCUAAAAUCUUUUCUAUGCAUUAAAAUCAAACCCUAGAUUUCAAUUUGGCUGUCCAAAUGGUCCACUUGCUUAGACCUGCGCUUCAGAAGACAGUGGUUGUGUGUUAUCAGGCUUUUUUUUGGACCACUAUUUUGUCACCACCCACACUGAGGAUGCUUUAGAAGACUCAUUUGUUUCACUGGCAACAAGAAAAUAAUAUAUACUUUUAACGUGUAAAAUCCCCCUGGAGUUUUAAAGCAACAUGACUGAUGCAAGUGACUUUUUUUCAACCACUGAGGAAGGACAAUGAAAGAGCAAAACCAAAUGCUUUGUACCAUGUUCAGGUGUUAAAUAAAUCUGUAAAAUGACAUUUAAGUGUCUUUGUGUUAUACCCAUUAGGACCACCGGGUGCCAACGUUCCUCUCGAGAGUCACAAAAAGUACAUCUAGUAGAGACAGGGGUUCAACUUUGUUUUGAUGUCUUAUGGCUACCUCAAAAAAGAAACCUGCAAUUCCCAGUGUUGACCAACACCAGGUCAGGAUUUUAUGUGGCAGAAGUAUGGUUAAAGGAUCAAGUGACAGCUGUAAAGGUGCUAUUUCCUCAUGAGGUCCUGUCAGCAAGAAAUCCUAGAGUUUUGCUUUUUCUAAAAGUAAUGUAUUGUUCAUUGCUUUUGCUCACAGGGCCUUUGGUGCUAAAGAAAUCCUAAUAUCUUGCUGCCCAGUUGUAACAGAUGCUUCUCUUUCUGAAGUGUAAGCUAAGAGCCAGACAGCAGAGCUUUUGUUAAGAAGCAGUACUGUAGCUGUGAUGCACGCAGUCUUUUCAAGUGUAGAAUAAGCAGGUGGAGUCUGUUUUUGUUUUCCAAACACCUUUUGACACUUUUUGGUUGUUGUCUUUUGGUUUUUAUUUGCAAAAAUCCCCCCCCCCAAUGUUGUCCAGUUGCUUCCAGCCAUAUCCCCACUUCCUUCCCAUCCUUCUGUAAUCAGGGAUUUUUUUUUUUUUUUCACCCAGGGUUUUUUUUUUUAAAGCGUAAAACAGGCAAUCAAAUAGAAAAGUCCUAAAAUGAUGAGAGAAGCACACCAUAGGGGGGGUUAAAACAAGAGGAUCUGUACCUAUUUUGUAUAUGUAUAAUAAUUUGAGAUGUUUUUAAUUAUUUUGAAUGCUGAAAUAAAGCAUGUUAAGUGGUCGACCUUA